ACCACGCGUGAGUCGUCUUUUCCUUUUUUGCUCUACUCCUGAUUUUUACCAUCAACCAUAUGGCCAUAUGGGUUCGUUCAAAUUCUGUGUACUACGGGCCCUAAUUAAAAUGACUUUAUAUCCCACUAAAAAAAUGACAUCAUAUUCGGUUCAACAAACCAGCGCUGAUGUGUUCAAUAAAAAAAAAAGGCUGAAGGUAUCAUCGAGGCAAGUUAUAUAUACGAUCGAUACAGUACAGCUUUGCCAACUCGAUCCAACUAAAUUACUCAGGAACAAGUUAUACACAUACACCCCCAUUCUCCCGUCGUGCGGUGAAUUCGCGAUCAAAGAUGCAAGAGCAGCAGCAGGACUUCAAGAACGUCUUCUGUAUGGAGGGUGGCCAGGGCGAGUCCAGUUACAUCAACAACAGCCAAUCUCAGUCCCGAAACCUGAAAAUGAUGCUGUACGCCCUUGAGGAGACACUGGACAAGAUCCAGCUCCCUCGUCACCGUCCGGGGAACAAGCCGCUACUGACGGCCGCCGACCUGGGAUGCUCAUGCGGCCAAAAUACUCUCCUGAUCGCGGACGUGAUCGUCGACCACAUGACCGACAAAUCCUUCGGCAGCAAGGACGACGACGGCCUGGAAUUCUGCUUCUACUUUUCCGACCUCCCGAGCAACGACUUCAACACCCUAUUUCACCUCCUCCCACAGCAAGCUGCUGCCGCGGGCAGAGAUGGGCGGCAGAGCCGGCGCUACUUCGCCGCCGCCGUACCUGGCUCUUUCCAUGAUCGCCUGUUCCCCGAGCGAUCCAUCAACGUGUUCACCUCCACCUUCUCAUUGCACUGGCUCUCACAGGUGCCGAAGAGAGUCGUCGACAAGCAAUCGCCGGCAUACAACAAAGGUAAAGUGUUCGUGCAUGGUGCCUCUGAGGAGACGGGCACGGCAUACCAACGACAAUUCCGGUCUGACAUGAUGCGCUUUCUACACUGUCGUGCCGCCGAGAUGAAGCCUGGUGGUGCCAUUUUCAUUGUCAGCCUUGGCCGCCUAUCAUCCACCCGCGGCCCCACGGAGCAAGGCUACAUCUAUGAAGUGUAUUGCAGCAUGUUCGAGGACUCAUUGCGUGAUCUCAUCGAAGAGGAGAUGGUCGAUGGCGAGAAGAUGGACAACUUUAACGUCCCCCUUUACGCUGCUACAGUAGAGGAGUUCAAGGAGGCUGUGGACGCCGACGGCUCGUUUAAGAUCAACCAGUUGGAGCUCGUGAUGGGAAGCCCUCCCGUCGUGGAUGAUCCCGCUAACCGCGGCGUGGUCGGGCGCAUGGUAGCGAACUACAUGCGUGCCCUCUUUGGGCCACUCGUCAACACGCACAUCGGCGGGGCGAUGGCUGACGAGCUGUUCAUCCGGAUGCAGUGCCGCGCAGAAAUACGUGCCGAGGAGCUUGUGGAUGAAAUGUGCUUCGCCCAUAUUCUAUGCUCGCUUUCACUGGUGUAAUGGAAUUUACAAAUGUAUUAUUGGAUGGUCUUUAUAUGAAAACUAGGUCUAUUUUAUGUGGAACUCUUCAUAUCUUGAGCAUAAUAAAAGUUAUUCUGGAUAAAAUUGUUGGUUGUCUUAUAAAAUUUGGGCCCCAUAUAUUAGCCGAUCUUAAUGGAUAUAUUUCGUGGGAAACUCUUCAUUGUUUUAGGCAUAAUAAACGGCCUUUUGGUUGGGUAAUUCAAUUUACCCAAGUUUGACACAAA